UGUAGUAUGUACAAUAAAUAAAUGUAAUAUGUACAUAUGUGCAGUCUAUUAAGUGGUAUAUGUAUAGUGUAAAGUGCGCCAGUGGUUAGAGUCCAAGAUGGUUGCAGAUAGUGCAUGUUUAAAUUUAACAGCGUUUUAAUAUAACUCCAUGUCUGAGCUGAGCUGAGGAGAGGAGAGAGGGAAUGAGAGAAGAGGAGGAGGAAGAGGAGGAAGAGGAGGAGGGGUGGUGUAGUAACUUUUGUCGCCAUGCAGCUUUUCCACAGGUUCAUUCCGUCCUCCAAUUGGAUGAUGGAGCACUCAUUCUGGGAGGAGCAGCCCGAGCAGCCAAAAGGGAAGAAAAAAAUGUGAAGGGUGAAGAAAAAAGAAAAAAAAAAAAAGUCCUCUCUGUGUGUAGACUCAUGAUCCUCCAGUCUCACUUUUAGCCUUUCACCAAAUGUUCACUGCGGCAGUGUGCGCUCUCUCCUCCGGUUCACCGUGGCCAGCUGCGGCUUAGAAUAAGACCCAGAAGAGAAGAAGAGAGUUCAACAGAAAACCGGAGCACACACCCGCUGAAGUAUAGUGAGAGUUUUCUGGAGAGGACGCAGUUUUGGGUCGGUUUUUACGCACAUAGCGCAGGAUGCAGGCGCGCUACUCCGUCUCCAGCCCCAACUCUUUGGGAGUCGUCCCGUACAUCAGCAGCGACCAGAGCUACUACCGGGCCGCCGCCGGUGGAGGAUACACCGGGAUGCCUACACCCAUGAGCAUGUACUCCCACGCCGCGGCCCACCACGACCAGUACCCGGCCAGCAUGGCCCGUGCGUACGGACCGUACACGCCUCAGCACCAACAACCCAAGGACAUGGUGAAACCUCCGUACAGCUACAUCGCUCUCAUCACCAUGGCCAUCCAGAACUCACCGGAGAAGAAGAUCACCCUGAACGGGAUUUAUCAGUUCAUCAUGGAGAGGUUUCCGUUCUACCGGGACAACAAGCAGGGCUGGCAGAACAGCAUCCGGCACAACCUGUCUCUCAAUGAGUGCUUCGUCAAAGUGCCCAGAGAUGAUAAGAAGCCCGGUAAGGGCAGCUACUGGACUCUGGACCCGGACUCCUACAACAUGUUUGAGAACGGCAGCUUCCUGCGGCGCCGGAGGAGGUUCAAGAAGAAGGACGUGCUGAAGGACAAGGACGAGAGGGGGGACAGACAGAGCAAGGACGCGUCUGUGAGUAGUGAGCAGGACUCUCAGGGGUCCCAGCCGGUGAGAGUGCAGGAUAUAAAGACGGAGAACGGGACUUCAACGCCUCCACAGGCCGCUGUCUCUCCGGCUCUGAGCUCCACCGUGCCCAAGACAGAGAGCCCGGACAGCAGCAGCAGCAGCAGCAUGUCGACCGGCAGCCCGCACAGCGUUCCCUCUACUCGGUCACUCAGCAUGGACGCACCGGAGCAGCACCACCAGCACCAGCAGCACCAGGGCUUCAGCGUGGAUAACAUCAUGGGGUCACCGCAGGCCGAGCUCUCCACGCCGCCUCUCGUCGCCUCUUCUCGGACACUGUCGCUCAGCUACUCUCCAAACCAGACAACCGCGUACAGCUCGACCUCCUGUAACCAGAGCAACAACGCGACCUAUCACUGCAACAUGCAGGCCAUGAGUCUUUACGCAGGAGACAGAACGACCGGUGGUCACCUGGCAACGUCCACCGGCAGCACCGUGGUGGAGGAGGCGCUGCCAGACUACUGCGUCACCACGACCACCGCGUCUCCUCUCGGACACAGCAACCAGGACGGACACCACGCGCCGCACCACCAAGGGAGGCUCGCGUCGUGGUACGGAGACCUGAGCCACUUGAGUCCGGUUAGUAGUUACCCGGCGCAGCAGCAGAACUUCCACUCGGUGAGAGAGAUGUUCGAGUCCCAGAGGAUCGGUGGUUUGAACGGCUCCCCGGUCAACGGGAAUAAUAGCUGUCAGAUGGCCUUCCCAUCCGGACAGUCGCUCUACCGCACCUCAGGAGCGUUUGUUUAUGACUGCAGCAAGUUCUGAGAGAGACAACAAGUUUCUCCUUUUUUUUUAAAUUAAUAACUCUUAAUAUAUGUUUUAUAUAUUUUUUUUGUAUUUUUUAUUCUCACUCCGAAUGGACAUAAGAGACUUUCUGUCGAGGUGCGUGUGUAAACACCGAAAACACGUAAGUUUUCUUCCCUGUUUAUAUAAAGCUGGCCCAAAUACCAUGCUUUUAUGAUGACCAUAUACUGUAAAUUAUAACCUAAUAUAGUAAUUUAUUUUUUAGGAAAAAAAAGGGAGUGGUUGGAUAUUGAGGACCAAACACUUUUAAACGUUUUCUUUCCAGUUUUUUUUUUUUUUUUUUUAUUGCUGCCUUUAUUUGUCCCAGUUCUUGUAUAGAAAUAGAUAUGGGGGGCUUUGUAGUCUGACUUAUUUUAUUCAUUUUGUCUUAUUUGUUUAAAAAAAACUAUUUUUUGAAGGCAUUACAUUUUGUUUGUUUAAUAAAGUGCCGUCUAUUUGAA